GUACACUGAGCAGGGCGGUGGAGAACCCUGUGUGUGUGUGUGUAUGUGUGUGUGAGCCACAACAAGACAGAGAGAGAGAGAGAGAGAUACAUCCAGUGCAGCAAAAGUCUAUUAAGUCAUGCAUGACCCAGGUUCUCCUGCAGAUAUGGCCAACACGUUCAAGUCAGAUGAUCACAUGGUGAUAACUAUACCCCUCUCCAGCAUCAACAAGGGACAAGAAGGGAAACUGCUACCAGAGAACUUUCACUGUGUUUUUAAAGAUGUGUACAAAGUCUUUCUCAAAGGAAACCCGAAGGCUUUAGGGACGGCACAGCUCAUCGCUGGACUGCUGAUUAUCAGCCUGGGGUUGCUGGUGCCUGAUACUUUUCUCUAUACCCUGCCCAGUGUUCUGUUCAUAAUUUCAGGACUGCUGUCAUACGCUGCAGGACACUCUCCAAAUAUGAGUCUGACAAAACUAUCAUUUUCACUCAACAUCAUCAGCCUUUUUUGGGCCACAGCAGCCCUGGUCAUUUGUCUGUAUAAGCUUACUUCCCAACGCUGGAGUGAAACAGAAAAUGGAAUACAAGGAACGACUGCUGUUCUUAUUGCCCUGGAGCUGGUGGUUGCACUGAUUCUGAUCUAUUGGGAGAGCAAAGCAGUGUGCCGAGAUCACUACAACAUUCUGCCCGUGAUCAACCUGAAGCAUGAGGCAUGAGCCAUUCAAAUAAAACGCAGGGCUUUUCCACUGAGUGUCCUCCUUCACCUGCUGAGCAUGACAGAACCCCUAUUCAAUUUUGAUGUGUGACAAAAAUUCCAGGUAUUCAUUCUGUACAACAUAAUAUUUUAACAACAAUUUUGGAGAAAUGAGAAAAAAACUGAUAACCUGUACAAAAUGGAGGAAACAUAACAUUUUGUCUGCAAAAGGCUACAUGCUUUUAAAACUGAACCAUAAACGUUGUUCAGGUCAUGAAUAUUAUGUUUUAAGAUGGUUAUGUGGUGUGAAAGUGU